AUUGAUGAUGAAGAUCUUAAGGAGGAGUUACUGGUUCAUCUCCAGUCACUCAGAAAAUAUAUUUCUGCAACAGCAAUUAUUGAUUAUCUUGCACAGCCUGAUGUACAGCAACAUUUCAAGCUUACCAAAAAUAUUUCAUUGGCAACCACACAAUGA